GUGGUCCCCACUACCCAUUCAUGAUCUCUAAUCUCUUGCCAAUUGCCAUACAUAGCCCACAACACAUACAUACUCUGGAGACUAUUGACUUUAAAACUCUCUCAGUCUACUCCCCUCUUCAAGUACUCUAUCCUUGAAUCUUCCUAUAGUUGACCCACUCCUUUCCACUUCCUUCCCUCCCUCCUUCCCUCCUAAACAAUUUUCUCCUUUCUCCUUUCUCCUUUCUCCUUUCUCCUUUCUUUCUACUAUUAUAUCCUUUAGUUUUCUUUUUAUUUCCAAAUAUUACUUUUUCAUUUACAAUUUCUUCCUAUUCAGAUUAAAUGUCAUAUUUGACUGGAAAAAUUUAUUAAUAAAUUAUUUAAUUUGAUAAUCUUAUUUUGAGAUAAAUUAAACAAAAUUUAACACGACUAUAAUAUUGCUUAUAGAUUAAAAAUAAAAUACAACUUAAGAGUAAUUGGUUAAAAAUAUUAAAAGUCAAAUAAAACACUUAUGCCGAAUCAAAUAUAAUAUAUUAUUAUAUCUUUUAAUUUUUUUUUAUUUCCAAAUACCACCUUCUUAACUAGGAGUAGUACUAAAUAUUUCUUCAUUUUAUUUUCUUUUUUCCCCAUUAAUAAUUAAGUACAUCAAAACUUCUUAUAUAUAUAGCCCUCUACCUCACUCAAACCCCACAUAAACUCAAACCAAACUCAUCAAACUCAACACCAUAAAAUCAACAUUUAACCCACCUUCAUCUCUUUCUCUCUCUACUUUCUCUCUCCAAAACUCAAGGCUUAAUUCUUCCAUUAAACAUAAAAUGGAUUCAUCAUCACCAAGUAGCGUGGAUGAAUGUUCUUCCACAAGUGAUUCCUUAACUAGCACAACACCUCCUCUUCCUCCUACUCUUAUCCGUACACUCAUCCCCACGGCUCCCUUCAAGGCUUCAACCGCCGCCACCAAGCCGGGAAGCCUUUGUCGUAUGGGAAGUGGUACCAGCGUCAUAAUCGACUCCGAAAACGGCGUGGAAGCCGAGUCAAGAAAACUCCCAUCUUCCAAAUACAAAGGUGUAGUCCCACAGCCUAACGGCCGUUGGGGAGCUCAAAUCUAUGAGAAACACCAACGUGUAUGGCUUGGAACCUUCAAUGAAGAAGACGAAGCGGCUCGAGCUUACGACGUCGCGGCUCAACGAUUCCGUGGCCGUGACGCCGUUACUAACUUUAAGCCGUUAUCGGCUGAAGAUGAAGCCGGCUCAGCCGAGCUGAGAUUCCUUAACUCACGCUCAAAAGCCGAGGUUGUAGAUAUGCUUAGAAAACAUACUUACCUAGAUGAACUUCAACAAAGCAAACGUAAUUACAAAGCAGAUUUCGAUAAAAUCGGGUCAACCCAUUUAAUAUCGGAUAAAUCCAAACCGGAAAACACCAUUAACGGGUUUGGUAAAGAACAGUUAUUUGAAAAGGUUGUUACUCCCAGUGAUGUCGGGAAGUUAAACAGGUUAGUUAUUCCUAAACAACACGCAGAAAAACAUUUCCCACUUCAAGCUAAUAAUAAUAAUGGAAAUGGAAAUGGAAAUGGGAUUUUAUUCUCUACAUCUUCAAAUAAUUCAUCAAAAGGUGUACUCCUUAAUUUUGAAGAUGUGAAUGAAAAAGUAUGGAGAUUCCGAUAUUCAUAUUGGAAUUCCAGUCAAAGUUAUGUGUUGACCAAAGGCUGGAGUAGAUUUGUUAAGGAAAAGAGUUUAAAGGCUGGAGAUGUUGUUAGUUUUCAGAGAUCUACCGGGCCGGAUAAACAGCUUUAUAUUGAUUAUAAGCAAAGGAAUUGUGAUGGGUUGUUGGGCCGGGUUAUGGAGGGUCCGGUUGAUGUUGGGUCAACGGGUCAAAUGCUCCGGUUGUUUGGGGUGGAUAUAUGUAAAGUUCAUCAUCCUAUUGUUGUCAAUGUGGUGGGUGAUGGGAAUGGGAAUGGAUGUGGGAAUGGGAAAAGAUUGAGGGAAGUGGAGUUGUUGGCUAUGGAGUCUAGCAGUAAGAAGCAGAUGGUGGUUGCUGCCUUGUGACAUCUAAUUUAGUUUUCUUUUUUUUUUUUUGUUUGGGUUGUUUUUAUUUUAAUUUUUUGUUUUUUUUUUUGAAAUUUAAAUUAGUUUUUUAAUGUGGAGAUAGGUGUAGGGUGCAGGUUGUGCAAGUUGCAAUAUGUAAAUUAGUAUAACAACAAAGAUGAAAGAAAUAAUGAAUAGAAAGAAGGAAAAGAAAAAGAAAACAGCUGAAGAGAGCUGGGUAGUAGUUAUGUUGUAAUGUAAACUGCAGAAAAAACUGUAUGAAAGGAAGGAAAGUUCAAAAGCAAUGGAAAACUGUCCAUUCCCUUUUUGUA